AUGUCUCCCAACUCCCCGCUUCGAAGCGUUGGUCCCUUAUCCUCCCUCUCACUGCAAUGGACUGACGACGAUGACAAGAAUGUCUGGGGUCUGCCACCAUGUCCGAAACGGAUCCCUCAAGCGCUAUUCAGCUGCUCUAUGCAAAAAACCUUAAAAGAGCACUUUGAUGUCUAUGUGCAUGCCAUCGAGCAUGAGGAGACCGACGAAUUCUGGGAGUGGUUUAUGGACAUAUGGGUGCGAUUGUACCCAGAAACUGUUACAAAUCACUGGGCAAAGGAAUACCAAGCCAGCCGGAUCGAGACCAGGCUGGAUCUUAUGGGCAGCCAAAUCGCCAAAAAUGAGCUUGCGAUGUAUAAGUUCAUGUGCAGUAUCCCAGAGUCUGUCAGCGACGAUUCGGUGUCAUCCAGUACUAGCGAGGAUUCGACAGAUCAGUUUUUAUCAGGUGACGAUGAUGACGACGAUGCAAGCACUCUCUCUUCUCAGGUUAGCUGUUCGACUUCACUUCUGGCUUGGGCGGAUGAUGGCCAUGAUAUCCUCUUGACUGAUGGCAAACAAGGGAAGAAAGCGAAGAAAGUCGGGUUGGAGUUAAAGAUGAGAGCCAAGACGAGGCUGUUGUACUGGCAAGUGGCGUUGCCUGUCAGGAAGUGA